CGUGUGGUUUCUUGGGUGAAAAAAGAACUGUCAUCUGGGUGAGGAAAGCAAGACUUCAGCUGGUCCUCAGCCGCCGUGGACUACAUUCAACUACCGAGUCUUUCGCUCAGUUAAUCCGGAUUCUAACUUGCUCCCAAGUUCCUAACCAUGAGGACAACUGUAUGGAUUUAUCAAGCUUUGGUGUGGGUUGUGGUCACUAUACUGGACCCAGGUUGCUGUAGAAGGACCCAUCAGUCAUUACAGAGGUAUGAGAAGACUGAGAACCACUUGCUGGUUUGCACAAACUGUCCUCAGCCUGUUGUGGUACGAAACAGCCGAUCACAGGAGCACUGUGCCCGAAAGUGCAAGAAGAUAAAGAAAAACUUCAACUGCAGGGCUUUCAACUUUCAGAGGCACAACAGGAAAUGCCACUUGCUUCCCUUUGACCGUUUAACCCACAGUGUGCAGAAACAGGCCAACGUCAACUUUACUUUGUAUGAAAAAAAAGAUUACAUAAGGGAGUGUAUUGUCGGCACCAAGGACAACUACAGAGGGAGGAGGGCUUGGACGAAGUCAAACAUCCCUUGCCAAGCUUGGUCAGAUAAUAUCAUCAAUGAGCACACGUUUUAUCCUGAUAGGUACCCAACACAAGACCUGAGGGAGAACUUUUGUCGGAAUCCCAACAACGACCCCGGUGGUCCGUGGUGCUACACCACAGACCCCAAUGUACGAACUGAGGAGUGUGGCAUACCACAGUGUGCAGAGGAAGUCUGUAUAACAUGUAAUGGGGAGGCUUACCGAGGUAAAAUGGACCAUACAGAGAGCGGCAAGGAGUGUCAGAGAUGGGACUCAAUAAGGCCUCACAAACACUACUUCCAGCCCAAAAAGUAUCGGGACAAAGAUUUAAAGGACAACUACUGUCGUAACCCAGAUAAUCGUCUCCGUCCCUGGUGCUAUACCAUGGAUCCCAAAACUCCAUGGGAGUAUUGCAACAUCACUGUGUGUGAGUCAGACUCCAGCGAGGACACAGAUGUCAAUGUAACAACAUCCUGUGUCCAGGGAAAAGGCACAGAUUACCGAGGCACCAUCAAUAUCACUCCAGAGGGUGUGACGUGCCAGCGAUGGGACUCUCAGUUCCCCCAUAAACAUUCAUUUCUUUCUCAAAACUUCAAAUGCAAUUUGUGUGUAUGUUACAGAGACCUCCGAGAGAAUUAUUGCCGCAACCCUGAUGGUAUAGAUUAUCCAUGGUGCUUCACCACAGACCCCAAUCAAAGGAUAGCCAAAUGCACCCACAUCCCCAGGUGUGAUGCUGAUGCCACACAAAAAAUAGAGUGUUAUGAAGACAACGGAGAGACAUACCGGGGCACUUUAUCCAUAACUCGAUCGGGGAUUCCCUGUGCAGACUGGUCACAUCACAUAAACAGCGGGGAUUCUCACUCUACAGUAUCCCAUGUAGGGCUGGAGAAGAACUACUGCCGGAACCCAGACCGGGACAAGCAUGGCCCCUGGUGUUAUACCAAUCCAAAUAACCGCUUGGCCUGGGAUUACUGCAAACUGAAGCAAUGUGGAUCAGCUACAGUAGCUCCUCAACCAAACACUCUAACCAGACCCAAGAUAUCAUGCUUUGUGCAUAUAAACACCAGAAUAGUUGGAGGACAUCAGGUGCGAGGUACAGAUGGCAGCUGGGUCGUAAGCAUCCAAAGAGAGAAGAUUCAUUUGUGUGGUGGUUCACUGAUCAGGGAGGACUGGGUUUUGACAGACCAACAGUGCUUCACCUCCUGUGUUCCAGAUCUCAGGGAUUAUAGUGUGCAGGUUGGUCUGCGCCACCUCAAUGAGUCCUCACAUCACCUGAGACUGCACAUCUCUCGCCUGAUCUGUGGCCCAGAAGGAUCCAACCUGGUUAUGCUGAAGCUAGCACAUCCUGCUCCUGUGUCUGAGGGUGCUUCUACUAUUCAUCUUCCAGUAAAAGAGUGUCGAAUCACUGAAGGCACCAACUGCACCAUGUAUGGCUGGGGGGAAACCAAAAAUACGGGAUAUGAUGAGGCACUAAACACUGUAACUAUGCCUAUGGUCAACAAUGACAUGUGCUCACAAAUUAAAGGAGAUACUGGAGAUAGCAGAAUAUGUGCUGGUGGCAAGAGAGGAGAAGGUGUAUGUGAUAAGGACAAUGGUGGUCCAUUGGUCUGCCAGGAACACGAGCGCAAAGUCAUUAUUGGUGUGAGUAUACAAAGGACAAAAUGCGCCUCAUCGCAGCCUGCGCUUUUUGUUAAUGUUGCUUUCUACUCAGAGUGGAUAUACAAAGUGUUCAAACUUUACCCCACUUUGGAACGGAACUAAAAUACUGUGGCGUGAAAAAUCCGCUCAAUAAAGGAGUGUCGCAAGCCUAUGAGAGGAGGGGCAAAUUUUAGCCAGAAAAUUCCAAGACCUCCCCAGGAUGGACCACAGUGGAAAAGUGAGGAAAAUCAUCUUGUGAAAAGUGGUCAUUUUGGGAUUUUGUGGCUGAAUCUGUCAUUUUACAGAGACUAGCAAUUGGAGAAUGGAUAUACCAAAUGGAAUCUCUUCCACAUUGCAGAUCAAGACAUCCAGGUUGUUCGCUUUAAUACCGGUUUUACAACCAGUCUUGGGCACAUGAACAGCACACUAAUUGUUUUUCUCAUGUUCAGAAUUUCUGAAGCCAUGCAAACAAAGACAUUGAGAAUGACACUUGUGACUCAGUAUUAUCUCCUGGAAUAUACUUGAAUAUGGAUGGGACCCAGUGUCCUUGUAGUUACCACUUUUUUAUGUGUUGAACUGGACUUCAAGCCUUUUUUAACCUCCAACACAAAUGAUGUGGAUGGACAGAAACAGUGACCCUUAAUGAUCAAAUGUAUUAAUCUGGUCAUAAGCUUUAGGAUACCCUACAGCUAUCACAGCAACUAAACAUAUCCAAUAAAGAAUAUGGUAAUAUCACAAAGGAGAAAACACCUGUAAGUCCAUCAAAGGUUAAAAUUUGGCUUCAGAUAUUCCAGUACUUAAGAUAUAAACUACACCUUUGCAGUAGCUUUGGCAAACAUUCAUUCAUUCAUUCAUUUUCUACCGCUUAGUCCCUGAACGGGGUCAUGGGGGCGGAGCCAAUCAUGGCCGGCUUUGGCAAACAAUGCAGUGCUAAUUGUGUGCAGUAGCUGGACUCCCCUUUCCCCAGUUAGCUGUAACUGUUAGUUCCCCUGUGAGAGGGUCUAAAUAGGACUGAGCGUACUGCUCCAAAUCUUAUGCUAAUAUUUGUAGCAUGAGAGAGAAAAGAGCCAUGCCAAAUAUAACAUGGCUGUUUGGACUCCAGUUUGGAGGGAACUGUGGCCCCUGGUGGGCUGUGUGUGGUCAAUAGGACAUACUUUUUUACUUAUGUACAUAACUGCAGAUUUAUUGAGUGUGUUUCUGCUGUGUUGUAAGAGUUUAUAGGUCUUAUAGAUCUGGAAUAUUUUGGUUCAUAUAGUAAUGUCAGAUUGGCUUCUUCAUGAUUCAGAUUAUGUUUAAUAUUUAAAAAGACUGGUAACUUGUAGGUGGUAUUUAGGUAUAUUUAUUUUUUAAUUAGCAGAAGACAUUGCAGAUGACUCCAGAUAUUGGGUGUGAUACUAGGUGUUUGUUUCUUUCCAUGCGUAUUGUCAGUGUGGAUCCGGAAGGGCAUCUGGUGUAAAACAUGUCAAGUUUAAACAUGCACAUCGUCAGUUCGGUGGGAACUGAUGAUUCGCUGUGGCGACCCCUAACGGGAACAGCCGAAAGUAGGAGAAGAAGAAGACUAGGUGUUUGUUUCUUUAUUCUAAGAGUAAUUAAAGAUCCCAGAAUAAUGGGGGGUUUGAUUCCCCGGUUAAAGCAACACAUACAUAAAAUAACAUGCCACAGACAGCAUGGGUUUUUUUUUGUGGUUCAAAAAGUUAGCAAGUAAUGUUCUGCCCAGAAUUAAAUUAUGGAGCUGUUUGUUAGACUGGAAAAAAUUAUAUGUUUCUAUUACAAGAAACAUAUGCAUGUUUACCACAGAUUUGGCAAAAUUACAUCCCUAAAUGCCCUGAAUGGAAUAUAUGCUCACUCCAGUGAAUGAGUCAUUUGGCUCAUUCAUAAUACUUGUUUCAAAGAACUGAUCUGUAUGCACGUAUCAUUGUAGUCUUCAUUCUGCUUUACAGUACAUUGUGCAGGUACAAGCAAGGUUAAAGUACAUAUAUAGAGCAGCAAUGUAAAGGAAGGUAGCUUCAUUAAUGAAGCUUCAAAUGCCAGAUGUGAUGGAUGAUGUACUUGUAAAUUGUCCAGUUUUCUUGUCAACCAUAGUCAUAUGGCAUUGUAAUGCUUAUUUAAUUUACGUUUAUGUAAAUACCCUCGUACAUUUUGUAAGAUACAAUUUCUAAUUUUUGUAAAUAUCAUACUUAAGUAUUUUUCACUUCAUGAACAUUCUGUUUAUAUUUGUUUAAUGUAAACA